AUGAUAGUCUUCCAGGCUCUAAUAGUGGUUCUUUUAUAUGUCCAGUCGGCUCAUGGGGCUUCGCUCCCAGUUAAUUUGACUAAGGAAGUCUACUAUAAUAACAUGUCUGGACACUCCCUCAACAACAGAAACAAUACCAUUAUUUAUUCAACCAAUUCCACACCACUAUCAAUAUUCAACCGAAAAUCUAUAUCACCAGAGACCAUUGAUCUUAGUGAAAGUAGCUUAGAAAAAGCAUCAUCAACAUUGGAUAAAUCAGCAGCAUCAACAUUGGAUAAAUCAGCAGCAUCAAAAACUAUUUCAGAUGGUGAUACUUCUUCCUGGGGCAAGCUGGUUUCAAACCUCUUUAGCGGUCUAUUAUCAAAGCUAAAACCAUCACUGCCAGACACCACGCAACAAGAGUUAACUAAAGAUCCGAAGUUACUGAAUCCUGUGAAGGUAGACUCACAUCCUAAGGUUCAACAACAGGAUUCGCAUCAAACAAUUGUUAAGCAACCAGCUGUUCAAGAACCAGCCGCCACCGGCCGAUCUCAACAAGUUACACUUGUGCCUGUUCAUCAAUCAAAGGUAACAGUUGUUACCGUAGAGCAGCCGAUUGCUCAAACCCAUUUGCAAGCAGAUCAAAAACUGCCAUCCUCAAUCAUCAAUGUCGACGCCCCAAAAGCCCCAGCUCUACCAUCCGCAAAAGAAAAUGAAAAACCUAGCCCUAGUGCUGAACCCCUCACUUCAAAAGGUGCUAACAUGGGGAUCAUGGCAGGAGGUGCUGUCCUUGGGUCUGAGGCUUCAAGUUUACAAGCAGAAGGAGGAUCAGAGAGUCCUGCUGCGAUUUCCUUAGGUGAUACAACUUCAGUUUCCCUCCCCUUAGCUGCCCCACAGCCUAGUGAUGCUGCUGCUUCUGCUUCUGCUUCUAAUGCAGAAAACGAAAGAGAUGCCAAGUUGAACUUGGCAAUAGAACGAGGUAAUAUUGUGCUUGGGGCAGUGGGUGUUGUUCAAGCGGUGGUGGGAAUUGUGAGUGAUGUCCUCACAACUAGCUACCAAACCGUCACUUCUACUUACACGUUCACUGGAACUCAAGCGUCUUCAUUGUUGAAUGACCCUAAUGUUUAUGUCACCAGUGUUCAAUGGCACACUGUCACUUCAGAUAUUGUCAAUGGUGCAUUGAGUGCAGCAACCACUACCAUUGAAAUCCCACGAAUCACCGCAGUAACUCCUGUGGUAGUGACAUCUACUCUGUAUGUCAUCCAAACCAUCACUGAGGCCCCAUCAGUUUCAAACGGUUCUUACGUUUUCUCAGUUGGCUCUAAAUAG